AUGGCCUCCUCCUCCUCCUCCUCCUCUUCCUCCGUCAUCCUCUUCACCCCAGGCCAGCACACCCCACUCAUCCCCUACCUCGCCGCCAUCCACGCCUCCUGCAUCACCCACGACCGCACCAUCGCCAGCUUCAUCCCCCCCCUCUCCCACGAGAAGCUCCUCGCCUACUGGAAGGACCGCAUCGCCGAGGUCUCGGCCGGCACCCGCCUGCUCCUCCUCCUCGUCCGCGCCGACGACAACGACCCCGCCACCACCAGCAACGGCCUGCUGUUCCACCACAACCACAACCACAACCCCGCCGUCCCCAAAGGCACCCACGUCAUGGGCAUCGUCAUGCUGGACAUGCCGCCCUCCGAGACCAGCUCCUUCCGCGCCGUUGUCGAGAAGCUGCUCAUCCACCCUUCGUACCGCGCCCGCGGCGGCGCCACCGCCCUCGUCGACGCCCUGGAGAGGGAGGCCGUGGAGCGAGGGCGAACCAUGCUGACCCUGGCUGCAGAAUCUGGCAGCCUGGCCGAGUCUGUCUUUAGUAAACUCGGAUAUACCGAAGUUGGCAGAAUACCAAAGUAUGGGCUGAGUCCGUCUGGGGAAUUCAAGGACGUCACAUUCUUCUACAAGUCACUUGAAACCUAA